AUGGAAGAGGGAUCCACUGAAGAGUUUCUCUUCAAAGACCAGGACUUCUCCUCUGAACUGCUGAGGCAGCUGAAUGCUCUGCGGCAGAGCAGAAUGCUGACCGAUGUUACCCUCUGCUCCGGGGGCUUUGAAAUCCCCUGUCACCGAAAUGUGCUGGCUUCCAGCAGCCCAUACUUCAAGGCAAUGUUCUGUAACAACUUCAGGGAGAGUCACCAGCCUAAAGUCAUUCUAAGGGGCAUCGACGCCGAUAUUUUGGAUCAGAUUAUCCUUUAUGUUUACACUGGGGAGAUUCUCAUAUCCACUGAGAAUGUCUUGUGCCUCUUGGAGGCUGCAUCCAUGCUGCAGUACACUAAGCUGUUUGAGGCCUGCUCUACCUACCUCCAGGACAAGCUGACCCCUGACAACUGUCUGAGCAUGACCAGACUGGCAAAAAUCUUGAACUGCCAAAGCCUGAAUAAGAAAGCCAAGGCUAUGGCUUUGAAAUGUUUUCCUGUGGUGGCCUCUUCUGAGGACCUGAAGGACCUCUGUCCCACAGAGCUCAUUGAUUACCUUGGGGAUGAUGAACUCUGUGGGGAGGAGGAGCAGGUCUUUGAGGCACUGAUGGUCUGGAUCCGGCACGACCUCCAGGCACGACAAGGCUACAUCCAAGAGUUGUUCAAGAAGGUCCGACUUCAGUACGUCCAUCCAACCUUCCUCUUCCAUUUCAUUGCUAAUGACUCACUCAUUCAGGCCUCACCCACUUGCAGGAGCAUCCUGGAGUCAGCCCGGAGACAGAUGUUUUCCUUGUACAGCACCAACACACCUGACAUCAAACCCAUGGUGCAUGUUCCGCGCAGGUACUCCAACCAAGAGUUCCUCAUCAUCAUCGGUGGCAGGAAGGACAGCCAGCAGACAACGAGGGAUGUCCUGCUGUAUGAUGAGAAGACAAACCAAUGGCUGAGCCUGGCCAAACUUCCCAUGCGCCUCUACAAAGCCUCUGCAGUGAGUUUACACAGCAAUGUUUUUGUGCUCGGAGGGAUGCCUGUUAGCAAUAAGAAAAGUCUGGUCAGUGGUAAUAUUUACAUUUAUUCCCUCAAACUCAAUCAGUGGAGGUUGAUUGAGCACAUGCUAGUUCCUCGUUACUCCCACAGAAGCCUGGCAUAUAAAAAUUAUAUUUUAUCAUUUGGUGGAAUUGGUGAAAACCAGGAAAUCCUGAAUUCUGUGGAAAGAUAUGAUAGUGUCUACAACAUCUGUGAGAGCAUGGCAAACAUGCCUGUUGCUGUCCUUCACCCUGCUGUUGCUGCCAAAGAUCAGAGGGUUUACCUCUUUGGGGGAGAAGAUAUAAUGCAAAACCCUGUUCGGCUUAUCCAGGUUUACCAUGUCUCCAGGAAUACAUGGUUUCGUAUGGAGACCAGAGUAGUGAAGAAUGUCUGUGCACCAGCUGUUGUGAUUGGAGAUCAGAUUAUCAUCGUAGGUGGGUACACCCGGAGAAUAAUUGCUUAUGAUACAAAAGGCAACAAGUUUGUUAAAUGUGCAGACAUGAAGGACAGACGAAUGCAUCAUGGGGCCACUGUCAUCAAGAACAAGCUGUAUGUCACAGGAGGACGAUGUCUCACCUCAGACAAUGCCAUCAAGGACCUGGAUUCCUUGGACUGCUAUGAUCCAGAGACUGACACAUGGACACCACAGGGAAAACUGCCGCACAAACUCUUUGACCAUGGGUGCCUGACACUCCAGUGUGUCCCCUGUUAUAACCUUCUCUAA